AUGCCCAUCCGCGUCAAAUCACGUCCGGCGCAGGGCGAAGAGGCCGGGCUCCGGACGCCGUCGCCAAUGGGCCGCCAAGCCCGGUAUAACAUCGUGGAGCUACCCGAAAUCAGCGAGGACGACUCCUUCCGCGUCCUAGUCAAGAAGCUGUCUGUGUAUAUUGCGGACGUCGUCCUUCUGCCCCUGACAUUCGAACAGCUACGAACUACCGGGGCCGGAGAUGGGCUUCGGCUCUUGGUCGAACAUCUUGGCCGCAACUGUACCCACCCGGCCAUUGUUAAUGCCUUGCUAGCACUCAAAUGGCACUAUGGCACCACCAAUGAGGACAAGGGGUUGAAUGAUGCCCGCGCCCACGCCUGCGAGAUCAUAGCCUGGCGCUUCCUCACCCACCUGUCCGACCGCGAGGCCGUUGACUACUGCCUCUACGAGAUCCCGGACUCCAGUCAUUCUAACUCGUCAUCGCCUAGCGACGAAGAAGCUGGCCCUGAUGAGCGCAGCGCCCUCCUCGGUCAGGCCCUGCGCGGUACCGCCGAGUCCGCCCGCCAGGCCUUCAACUUGACGGGGAGUUCCAAGCGUAACUUGCUCAUGAACUCCAUCUCGCGCCUCACCAUGAGCAUGACAUCCAAUGAGGAGGAUGAUGAUGAUGAUGAUGAGGAAGAAGACCCCACGGCGCACUUCACCAACCUCAAUGCCCUCGAGAUCGCUGCUAUCGCCGAUGCGAAGCGCUUUCUUAGCCAGGCCAUUGUACAGCGCAUCAUCACCGGCAUCUGGAACGGCGACAUCAUCUUCUGGGACUCGCUCUCCGUGCAUUCGGUCAAGAAGCCCCGGUUUUACAAGCCCACCACAGCCGACCCCUUCUCGCGUCUACGUGUGCCCAAGUAUCUCAAAUCCUUCGAGGUGCUCUUCUUUGCCAGUUUCCUGUUUCUCUACUAUGCAGUUCUAGUCGAGCGAGACCCAAAUCGCAUCACGACCCUGGAAGUCUUCCUGUGCCUUUGGCUUGCCGCUUUCGCAUACGACGAACUGAGCGAGUGGAUAGAUGCCGGUUCCAUCUUCUACGCUGCUGACGUCUGGAACAUAUUCGAUAUGGCCAUGAUAGGAAUUGGCUUUACGUACUUUGUUCUUAGAAUUGUUGGACUACAAACUGAGAACUCUCGGCUCGUCGACCUCGCCUUUGAUGUCUUGGCGCUUGAAGCCCUCUUUAUGGUUCCGCGCGUUUUUUCCAUUCUGAGUUUGAGCCCGUAUUGGGGCACCCUCAUCCCGUGCCUCAAGGAGAUGGGCAAAGACUUUCUCAAAUUCAUGGUGCUCGUCGUCGUCAUCUACCUCGGCUUUCUCACGACCUUCACCCUCGUCGGCCGCGAUGCCUACUCCCUCAACGAUAUGACAGGGUUUCUGACGCGCAUCUUCUUCGGAUCCAGCUACGUCGGUUUCGAUAUCAUGAACAACAUCGAUCCUAUCUUUGGCCCACCUCUCAUGAUCGUCUUCGUCACGCUCAGCUCCAUCCUCCUUACCGGCUCCCUGACCGGUAUGCUCUCAAACUCCUUCUCCCGCGUCAUCACCCACGCCCGGGAGGAGUAUCUCUACGUCUACAGCGUCUACGUCCUCGAAGCCUCUACCUCGAACCGCCUCACCCAUUUCUACCCACCCUUCAACCUCCUCGCCCUCGUCAUCUUCCGCCCCUUGCGGCUCUUCCUCCCCUCCGACCACAACUUCCGCCGCGCCCGCAUCCUCCUCCUCAAAGUCACCCACCUCCCCAUCGUCGCCGUCAUCGAGUUGUACGAGUGGCUCCACGGCACCACCUCUCGCGCACCCCAGUACGGCGGAUUCGGGGGGCCUCGCUUUGGCGGUCACGCCACCAUCAGCUCCCCCAACCCGGCCGCUACCGCCAAGCGCUUCCAGCACCACCAGCAACAACGCCACAAAAUCUCCUCUUCCUCUCUCCACGCUGACCUGGCCGCUUCCUCUGCGUCUCUCGGCCGUCGCCCGCCUCCUCUGAAACAAUUCAACACCACCACCUCUUCCACCCUCACCGCAACGAGCUCCGGUGUCGGUGCCGGCGAAUCCUCGCGCCUCACCUCUGCCCAGCGCAGCGCAGCGGCCGAAGCCGCCGAGGACGACGCCUUUGGGGAGCCGUCGAGCGACGUCGAGGUGCGCAUUGCCGAUCUGUCGGCCAAGAUUGAUCGCCUGACGGAUUUGAUACUGGGGAUGCAGGCGCGGCAGAGUAGGGGGUUGGGUGAUGUCGAUGGUGCUUGA